UUCGCGAUGUGGUACGCGCUUCUCGUGUUGAUCCUAGUGCCAUGUGGACUAGCGGAGUUUGAAGUUCGAUAUGCCAUUAUCAACAGAGAGUCCCAAGAGCUAGUCUAUAUAACGCAAAAUAAUGAUGACUUUGCAAAAAACGGCUGCAACCCAAAUGACUCGUUCGCGCUAGUGAUCCACGGGUGGCGCGAUGGUCCGCAAAAAGAUUGGGUUAUCGACGUACUGUCGAAUUUGACCGUCCACCGUGGUGGAUGCAUCAUGUACAUGAGCUAUGGGAACGAAACCACGGAUGUCAACUACUUUCGAGACCUGUACCCAAAGUUUGAUCUACUAGUGAACUCUUUAACGCAAUAUCUUCAACGUUUGGAAGCGCUGGGUUUUGAUCCGGAUGAUGGAUUCAUUUAUGGGUUUAGUUUUGGUGCAAACAUUGCGUUGGAAGCUGGACGAAGAUUCGGCUUGCAGCGAAUUGGAAGAAUCGAUGUGUGUGAACCAACAAGUAUACAAUUCGACAACGACAAACGAUACUUUGCGCUGGACCCCAAACUGGCCGCCAAGAAAGUGCAGUGCAUCCACACCAGCAAAACGCUUGGCACACGAAGACGCGACUGUCAUGUCAGCUGGAGUAUGGGCUCGUGCGGAGAAUAUCAAUCGGCUGCCGGUCCCUUCCCGAAAGGACCACACGGUCUGUGCCCACAUUUCUACAACAGUGCCUUCACGCAUCGUUUCUUGGCGGUACCAAAGCCGAACAACUGCUACUCUAAUCGGUAUGCUUUGCGAUGGCCUUUGGGUUUCCGGAUGGGAUACUUCUGUGAUAUGGAGAGUGGAGUACAUGGUGAGCUGUUUGCUGCAACUACCAAAAACUAUCCGUAUAACGAAGAUGGCUGAUUGAAAUGUGUAACAAUGGGACGAUUGACGAUAUUUAUUGAUAUUUGAUUGUGCUAUCCAUAAACUGGAGUAAUCUAAUAAACAAAUUUGAAG